UUUCAUGGUAGACGAACCUGUCAAUUAUUUCAUAUAAUUCUAGGUCGUGGCUUCACCCUUGUGAAUAUUAAGUUACUUUUAUAUAAUAUACUACCAUGAAGAUAUUUACUAGAUAUUCAAUGACGCCUAUAAUAAUUGUAAGCAUUUUGCUGUUAAUUGGAUUCUUGGUCGCACAUUUUAGAAACAGCAUGGCGGAUGAUAAACCUAAGUUUGUGAUUGACAACGACGCGGGUGGAGAUGAUGCUAUGGCGAUUUUCCUCUCAUUGUUAUAUGAAAAAUAUUAUGACGGGCCUCUACUGGUAGGUUUAACAACUGCAAAUGGUAAUACCAAUGAGGACAACGUCUGCUUCAACAAUCAGAGGAUAUUAAAGAUUGCUGGGAGAGACGAUAUACCAAUAUACAGAGGUGCUAAGUCUUCUUUAGUAUCUACCCCUGAAGCUGGCGACUACUAUGGUAUUGAUGGUUUAGGAGACAGCGGAAAUACCUUCCCGUACCUAGUUCCUGCUCGUACUGAUAGUGCUGUUAAUGCUCUGAUAGAACUUUCAAAGAAAUAUGAAGGUCGCUUGACGGUGAUAACAAUUGGUACAUUGACCAACGUUGCUGUGGCAAUAAAGUAUGACCCCGAUUUCCUGAACAGACUAGCUCAUUUGUAUGUUGGAGCAGGACAUAUACAUAGUGAACAAAAUCCUGAACCAGAAUUCAAUGCUCAUAUGGAUGUCGAAGCAUACAGGAUAGUGGCACAAAACGCGAAACCCGAGAAAGUGACCAUCUUCCCUUUCUCACAGACCCAAGUUUACUGCAAUUUUAGCAGAGAUUGGAGAGAAAACGUAUUAGGUGCAAUAGAUACUGACAUAAUUAGACAUCAGAACAAAUUCGAGCAGGUGUCGUUGAAGCGAAGUGAUCGAUGGCAGGCAUUAGACCCAGCUACCGUGACCAUGUUCCUGCGGCCAGAUUUAGUUAAGGAGUACAAAUAUUCGAAAAAUGAUAUUAUUGUUUGUGGUGACAAGAGAGGAAUCAACACAAACACCUUCGUAGACAAGGAAGAAGCUAACGUCAGAAUAAUUUAUUCUGUAAAGACUGAAGAAUAUCAAGAGUUCCUAUUAGACGUGUUUUCAGACAGGCAUGAAAAUAAGAAUCAUACAUAAUCAUUAACUUAGUUAUCUUAGUAAUUAUGUAUACUACAUUCAGGGAAGGCAACAAUAUAAGACAAACAAAAGAUAUCCACUUUUCAAAUAGGUAGACGAUUUACUUAGGUCUGUUAAAUACGAAUACAAAAAAGUGGGUAGACAUUAUUUACAUUGUAUUUAUGCGUUCCCUAUAGUUAAAGGAUAUAUAAGAUGGACUAGCAAGUUAUAUAUGUAGUAAAAAACAAUAGAUAACUGCAUUUAUGUCCACUGUAAGAGUGCAGUCUAUAUAGCAACGUCCUAAAGAAUGUUACAAGUUAAUACCUGUUGUAUAUUAGUAAUUUAUAGUUUGUCUAAAUAAAUAAGUCAGUAAUUAUGUGUGUAAAAAAUAUAUAUAAAGCUAUGAAA